CCUGAUCAGCUCGUCAUGGCACUUUCAGAUCGAAUCGUGGGCGGGGGGAUGCUCUUUGUAGCAGCCUUCGUCUUCUCCUACUACACGCUAUGGGCCUUCCUCACCCCUUUCCUCGCGACCGAUUCCUCCCUCCACUCCUUCUUCCCCUCACGAGUAUGGGCUGUCCGUCUGCCCGCACUAGUCCUGGUGCUCGGCCUAGGUCUCGUAGGCGCCUUUGUUGGCAAAGUGAUGAUGGCAGAGGAGAAAAAGAAGAGGGAGAAGGCGCAAAGGGUCAAGCAAGGAUGAAUGUGGCGCAGCGUUAGCUAGAGAGGAGAAUGAGGGUGAGGACGUUACAGUGAUACCAGCAAUCCGCUUUACGCGUCCGCUGGGUGCGACGCUACUUCAAUGACGUUAUGACAUGAUGCAUUACAGACAGUAGCUUCUAUGGCCCCUCAGAACUGGCGUGUUCAGAGGGAAGGCGGCGUCAUCGUACUAUCAUCGCGGUCAUUAGAUUUAGCAGGCGAGAAGAGGCGUUGCGUGCGGCUGGGAAGCCAGAGGCUGAGGGGGAAACCCUCUCAACUAUGUCUUGACGAUAUAAACAAUUGUUUCACAAGCCCUCCUAUCAUUGUCUUUUCACUGCAUACGACCGAUCAUUGUGCUCACCAUGACCUUCCCUCCUCGCUCAUCAUCUUUUGGGCCAGCGACUCUGACUUGCGAUGCUUCGGUCCCAAGGUGGAUACGCCUGCAUCCCAAGCUUGGCCUGCGACACCUCGAGCUGCCGCGAAUGCUCCACUGACA